AUGGGGCUCAAGCGCUCACGCUCGGACUCGUUGUCGUCUUCAGAAGCCCCGCCGACCCCAUCUUCGCGCGACCAGUCUGUAGAAGUCAAGCUCGUGCACCUCGACGCUGAGAGUGCCGUGUCUGACCAACCCGCCGUCAUGCAAUGCUCCUUGUCGCCCCACGGGCCACUUACUUUUGCCUCGUUCGAGGACUAUGAUGUGCACUACCAGAAAAUGCAUAUGAACCGGUGCUCAGACUGCCAGAAGAACUUCCCGGAUCAGCACUUCUUGGGUCUGCACAUUGCUGAGAAUCAUGACCCUAUCAGUGCGGCGAAGAGGGACCGCGGAGAGAAAACGCUCCAUGCUCAGGCCUCCCCAUCGUCGACGCUCAAGUACGGUGAACUCGACCACGUCUACCACCGGUAG